AUGCCCAUCAUAUCGCCCUUCGAGUCCUCAAUCGCGAAAGCCGGAGAAGGAAAAGUCGUCCUCUCCCUGCUUCCUCCUUCGAUUCCAUCCCUCAGCACCUUGACAUACAAAUACCCGCUCAAGCUCCUCACUCGCACUCCCGGCUUCGUCCCGCAGUCCGCGUUAACCGCAUCCACACCUGUCCAUCUAUACCUUCUCACUUACGGCGGAGGCCUCCUCCCCGGCGAUCAGAUCGAUGUUUCAAUAAAGCUCGAGCCGCAGACGAGACUCGUCGUUACAACACCGCAAGGCAGCACCAAGAUCUUCAAGACAGAAACAAGUCCCGGGCGUACGCUCUCGGAUCAAAGCAGACAGGUGCUAGACGUCCGAAUCGGCAAAGAAGCAGCGCUAUGCUAUCUCCCUGAUCCCUCGGCUCCCUUCAAAAACAGUCGUUACGAGCAAAUCCAAACGUUCACCGUCGACAGCACAGCCAAAGACUCCACACGAAGCAGCCUCUGCGUGCUGGACUGGGUAACGCAAGGUCGGGUCUCCCGCGGCGAGAACUGGGACUUCCACGUAUGGAAGGGUAAGAACGAAAUAUGGAUGACCGACGAACCCACCGCAUCAUCCACACCACCCGAAGAAGGCAGAACUCAGAAGCCAAAGCGCAAACUUCUCCUCCGCGACGCCCUCAUUCUCAACGACGAAACUACCACCAAAACAAACGAACCUGAACCGCGAGACCCCGCUCACCCAUCUAAAUCCCUCAUCCGCGAACGCACAUCCCCGCACGGCGUAAUUGGCACACUCAUUCUCUACGGUCCCGUUUUCGACAGUCUCUCUUCAUUCUUUGUCGAUCGAUUCACCUCGCUCCCGCGCAUCGGGGCCCGGAAUUGGUCCUCGUCUGCUCCUGCGGCUUCAGAGUCAACACCGCACUAUGAUUCAAAGGUCACAUUCACUGCUGCGCGGGUGCGCGCCGGCUGUGUGCUCGUGAAGUUCGGCGCAGAGGAUUUCGAAACAGCGAAGGAUUGGCUAGGUGCUGUUCUGAGAGAAGAAGGAAGUAUUGCGAGGGAGUUUGGGGAAGAGGCGCUUCUUUGCUUAUAG